UGUCUAUCUCUCUAUCAGUCUCUCUCCCUCUCCCUCCCUCUCUCUCUCUCUCUCUCUCGGUCCUUAUUUUUGUAACCCAGAAAGCGUCACAGGAACUUGCUGUGUCUCCAUCUAUCCUUCUUCCAUGCGUUUCCGAGGAAACGUGUAGCCAACAUUCCGCUCACCUACCCUCCUCUGUUCUCUCCAAGAAAGUCCCGAGUCCAUAAGAAAGCACGGAACAAGAUCCACCCACAAGACGUCUCCUUCCGCAUUCUGCACAACACCCGCGCAGCGGAAGGAAAAAUCGUUCCUUUUUUCGCGCCGGUUAAUGAUAACGUGCGCCUGCGCCCGCUGCCGUGGGGCCCGCAGCCUCGCCACCGGUUCUUGAAUCCCUUCCCGUCGAGCAAUGCCCCACCGAACCCAGCAGCAGCAGCACAUGGUUGCGCGUUCGUGCGGUCGUGUGGAUUGAAUGGUGGCGCUGAUGGCUUCGAAGGGCGUGCUGCCCAUCUGGGUCUGCGCCAAGACGGCGGCGGGGCAGCAGGUUCACGUGGGUUGCCCGGAUUCCGGGGCGAGGACUUGUGGGUUCGGUCUGAAUUUGAGCGCCGAGGUGGGUUCGGGGAGGCCUCGGAAAUGGGAGUGCCUGAGCGCUGGGGUCUUGGCUCAGAGAGCUAUCACUCCGGUUGAGGAUGAGAAGCCUCAGACUUCUGGGUUGGAGUCGUCUGGGGCUAUUGAGAGGACCCGGCAAGAGGAGGCCAAGGGGUUUCACAAGGACUUGAGUCUUCUUCCAAAACCAUUGUCUGCGCUGGACCUUUAUUCUAAAUCAAAUGAUGGUUCAAAAGUGCGAGUUGCUUAUCAGGGUGUACCCGGAGCAUACAGUGAGGCUGCUGCUCUAAAAGCAUACCCAAAUUGUGAGACAGUUCCACGUGAAGAGUUUGAAGCUGCAUUCAAGGCAGUUGAAUUGUGGCUAGUUGACAAGGCAGUCUUACCUAUCGAGAACUCUGUAGGUGGAAGCAUCCACCGUAACUAUGACUUGCUUCUUCGUCAUAGAUUGCAUAUAGUGGGGGAGGUGCAAUUACAAGUUAAUCACUGUUUACUGGGUUUGCCUGGCACAAGAAAAGAGGAUAUUAAACGGGUUUUGAGCCACCCACAGGCUCUGGCUCAAUGUGAGAUGACACUAAUGGCGUUAGGUGUCGUCAGAAUAGGUACUGAAGACACUGCAGGAGCGGCUCAGAUUGUCGCCUCAAAAGGUGUAAGAGAAGCUGGAGCUGUUGCAAGUUCAAGAGCAGCAGAGAUUUAUGGACUCGACAUUCUUGCCGAAAAAAUCCAGGAUGAUGAUGAUAACAUCACCCGUUUCCUUAUACUUGCGAGAGAGCCUAUCAUCCCAGGAACUGACAGACCCUUUAAGACAAGCAUUGUUUUCACUCUCGAAGAAGGUCCUGGUGUACUAUUUAAAGCCCUUGCAGUUUUUGCUCUUAGGAACAUUAAUUUGACAAAGAUAGAGAGCCGUCCUCAGAGAAAGCGUCCAUUACGGGUUGUGGAUGACUCAAAUAAAGGCAGUGCCAAGUACUUUGACUACCUUUUCUACAUUGACUUUGAAGCGUCCAUGGCAGAGCCCCGGGCCCAACUUGCCUUGGGACAUCUGCAGGAAUUUGCCAGUUUCCUCCGUGUCCUUGGCUGCUAUCCAUCAGAUAUUAUUCCAUGGAGUGAUUCUUUGAGCACCUGAAUGCAGAUUCACAUUCUGAACAUAAAACCCACUUUUUGUUGCCAACUCUACCUCUCCAUCUGCGCACAUCUAUACCCCAGAAGCAGGGGUUGAAAGAUGGCAUUUGCCUUUCUUAUAUAGAGUUAUUGUUGGUAGGAGCUUUCCUUGUUAGGAUCGUUCUUCAUUAAUUCUUUGAUCCUCUUCAUGGUGGCAAGUUUCGCGUUAUCAAGAUCUGCAGGCAUCACUGAAAGGCCUGAGAUUAAAUCAUUCUUCUGGGCCUCAUCAGGUAUCAUGUCUAUUGUUUAGAUGCGAACAAACUUGCAUCAUCUAGCGACGCCACCACCAUUAGUCCAUGCCUUUUCUUAAGCUCUAUUGAUUCUGACUACUGCAUUAUUCAAGCAGUUCAUUUGUGGAAGACUGGGUUGAAGCGACUCGGCAAGAAUGUGUUUAUUGUACUCUUUAAUUUACCAAAUAAAGAAAAGAUGGACUCUUUCUUCAGUUCUUGAAAA